AUGUUUGAGGAUCAAUCGGAUACUUUGAAGGAAGAAGGCAAUGUAUAUUUUAGGAAAAAUGAUUACAUAUCUGCUUUGGUAAAGUAUACAGAAGCUUUAUGUUCUAACAGUAGAAAUCCUGUUUUAUAUUCUAAUCGAGCUUCUACAUUCUUAAAACUGAACUCGUUGGAGAAUGCUCUUAAUGAUUGCAACAAAGGAUUAAAACUUGUGACCAACAAAGAUAAAGGAUCCACUUAUAUAAAAUUGCUUUGGAGAAAAUCAAUAGCUUUGAGGCGAUCUGGGGACUUGGAAAAUGCGUUGGACACAAUCAAAACUGCAUUGAAUGUGAAGCCAACUAGUAAGGAAUUGCAACAUGAGCUGGAAGCUGUUGAUUAUCAAAUGCAAAAAAGAAAUUCAAAGCUAAGUCAUGUGGAAACCGAUACUCCAAAUCAGGGGAUUCUUCAGCGGAAUUCUGACACCCUAUAUAUUCCAAUUCAAGAAGUUCAAAAAAUUCCUACUAAUUUUUAUUCUCCUGAGGCACCUGAAGAUAACGAAUACAUAGAAGAUAAUCCUCCUGAAAUGAAAAAUCAAAUAAAGAAUCAAAACGAAAUAAAUGCAAAACGAAAUCUGACUACCUCAUCUUUUCCAUCAUCUUCUAACUUUGAGUUUGACGAGGUUGAUUUUCCCCUUAAGCCAACUGUUCAGUUUUUACUCUCAUUGAAAGAUAAACCAAAAGAAUUCAAUGCAAAAUCUUAUCGCUAUGUAAUUGAGAUUGACCCUGAACAUUAUUGUCAGAUUUUCGGAAAUAGUGGUAUCGAUCCAUCUUUCCUUAAUUUUAUGCUUGACUCAACUAUAUAUGUUUUGGAAAAAAAUCAGCUAGAUUUAAAACAGAAAAUUCUGAACUUGUUCUCAAUGUGUACCAAACUCCCUAGAUUUUCAUUAACUUCUAUGUUUGUUGACACUAAAACAGUAAAUCGAUUGCAUUUCUUGUUCCAGGAACGUCUUAACGAGAGUUUUGAUAAUUAUUGGCUAUAA